AUUUCGCAUGGCGUCGACGUGGUAACGUUUGAGUAUUUCGAAAUAGCAGGUGUCGUUUGUGACGGAAACUGCGCCUGAAUAUGCCAUAUACCGAAGAAUACAUUAAAAACAAAUUAACCGAAGAACUGAAAGCUUCGCACGUGGACUCACUCUCAAGUUUCUUGCCGAUUAGUUUCGAUUCGAGGAUAGAUUUCGGAGCGAUAAACGGUUACGCCGGCGGACACGCAUAAGGAAGAAUGCAGGGAAAACUGCAGCUCGCUUUGAUCUCUUCUUUUGCCAUUUUCUUGAGAUGCUGCAUUACUCACCAUUCUCACAGUGGAGAGAGCAAACCCCCCAUAUAUGGAGAUUACGAAGCACAGCGGCACUGGCAGGAGAUCACCUUGAAUCUACCCUCUAACAAGUGGUAUAUCAAUACCACAGAUAACGAUCUGCAAUAUUGGGGAUUAGAUUACCCGCCCUUGACGGCGUAUCACAGCCUUCUGUUAGGUCAUAUUGCAACCAGAAUUGAUCCCUCCUUCGUGAAAUUGCACGAAUCCAGGGGACUCGAGAGUGCGGAGCACAAGCACUUCAUGAGGCUGACCGUCUUGAUCGCAGACAUUCUAGUAUAUGUACCAGCAAUUAUGUACUUUGUAGCUAAUUUGCAUUUGUCAUCGAAAAGUUGUCGAUCCACCGAGUCCAACGUGUUCCAGUUUAAGAAGCGAGACGCUGUAAUUUUGACAGCGUUAAUCUAUCCGGGAUUAAUACUGAUAGAUCACGGACACUUCCAAUAUAACUGCAUAUCACUGGGUCUUUUUGUCGCCGCUGCAACCCUCGUAAUGCAAGAUUCAUUCAUUCUUGGCUCAGUUCUAUUCGUCUUGGCGCUAAACUACAAGCAAAUGGAAUUGUAUCACGCUUUACCGUUUUUCUUUUUCAUACUCGGGAAUUAUACGCCUGGUAAAACUAAAUCCCGGUCCCGUUCUAUUCGCAUGCUUACAUGCAUCUCCAUUACUGUACUGUCAACAUUCGGCAUCACUUGGAUGCCCUUUCUCAAAAGCAAGGAUUUAUUUUUCAGUACCGCCCUCCGAUUAUUCCCGCUCUCGAGAGGUGUAUUUGAAGACAAAGUCGCCAACAUUUGGUGCGCGAUCAAUGUUAUCUGUAAAUUACGACACAUCUUUACGAACGCGCAAUUAGCUACGAUCUGCUUAGCGACUACAACGUGCGCAGUUUUACCAAGUUGCAUCAAAUUGUAUUUGUCACCUACGAAGAAAACAUUUGUGGUGUCUUUAAUCAAUUCUGCCCUAGCAUUCUUCCUUUUCUCGUUUCAAGUUCACGAGAAGUCCAUUCUCUUAGCUGCCGUGCCGGUUUUACUGCAUUUUCAUAAUGAUCCCCUUCCUUGCUUUUGGUUCUUGAUCAUCUCACAUUUUAGUAUGUUGCCGUUGUUUAUAAAAGAUGAGCUAUAUCUUGCUUAUCUCGGUACAAUGGUUUUUUAUUUCUUUUCCGUUUCUUGCAUGUGGCCUGACAUAUUUCACAACAAUAAAACAAACAGCUUAUUAAACAAGGAUAAAUCAAAAGGCAGGAUACAACAAAGAUAUAAAAAAGACAAGUCUCUUUCAAAUUUGCUAAAAUACAAUAAAAGAACUUAUCUCUUUAUUGCGUUUUGUGGAUCCAUGUUAGGUGUAUCGGUUCUCUCCAUCGUCAGCAAAUUUGUAGAGCCACCUAAAAAGUAUCCUGACCUAUUUCCACUUUUAGUAUCAAUAUAUUCAUGUGGGCAUUUCCUAAUCUUCUUUGCGUAUUUCAAUUAUGUUCAAUUAUUCGCGUCAAGGCAAGAAACUUUUGCAAAUAAGACCAAAUGACGCUAAACACAGUUAUUGCAAUCAACAUAUGUAAAUUAUUAUAAAUAAUAAAUAAAUGUAAAAUAUGUA